CGACACCAUAUCCUCCACAGCCACAGGGGGACUGCCCUGCCCUCUACGUCUCUCUCAAUUAUAAUUCAUUCCCAAUCUGAAAUUAACAAAAUCCAACAGAUUUUCUCUUGUGUGCUGUGCUGUGCUGAACAAGGAAUAUCGAUAUAUAUGCCGCCACAGGACGAUCCGAUGCCAAUGCCCAUGUCUCCACCGGCCCACGACGGCGGAGGGAUGAUGGCCGCCAUGCACAUGAGCUUCUUCUGGGGGAAGGACGUCGUGGUCCUGCUCGCCGGCUGGCCUGGCUCCGGCCGCCUCGGCAUGUAUGUAUUGGCCCUCGCAGUCGUGUUCCUGCUCGCCGUGGCGGCGGAGGUCCUGUCGGUGGUCCCCAGACUGAAGCCCAGAGAGAUAAGCCCGGCGGCGGGAGCACUGGUCCACGCCGCCGUGUACGGCGUCCGUAUGGGGUUAGCUUACCUGGUUAUGCUCGCCGUUAUGUCUUUCAAUAUCGGAAUAUUUAUAGCGGCGGUGGCCGGCCAUGCCCUCGGCUGCUUCCUCAUCAAGUUCAGGGCGCUGACGGCGGUCGCUAGGGCCGCGGAAUACAGCCCCUGAUUUGUUGCCUUGCCCCGAACCGAUUAAUUAACUAUAUAUAUAAAUUUUUACUACGUCUCCAAUCAGUCUCCGUCCUUACAUCCUUGAAUAUUUCUGGUUUCUGUAUAUAAGUUUUGAACAUUCAUAUGAUCAAUAAUAAAUUAAUAUUAUAUUA